AUGGCGACAACGAGCAAAGACACCAAAAUAAUCGAGCUUGCACGCGAUCUACAAGGUACUCCUUGGUGCGAAGAGUACGAAAAGAUGAUCUCGGGCAUGUUGUACAUCCCUCUCCAUCCCAAGUUGCUUGAGGGACGUCACAAAGCUCGUUGUAUUGUACACAAAUACAACACGCUAGACCCCAGCUCGAAGCCUUAUGACGAGUUGAUGAACUUGCAACAAGACAUGAUGAAAGGCAUUCUUGGUAAGGUGGGAAAAGGGACUUUUAUUGAGCCACCUUUCGUGCCAGACUAUGGAUGCAAUGUGAUCGUAGGCGAGAACUGUUUCAUCAACUUCAAUUGCACAAUUCUUGACACAAGCUUGGUUAUUAUCGGCGACCGUGUCCAGUUUGGACCAAACGUGAGCAUAUAUACUGCUGGACAUGAGACCAGUGUGCUAUCUCGAAUCAAGUUUGUGGAGUUCGGUACCCCUAUCCGGAUUGAGGACGACGCUUGGGUUGGUGGAGGCACCAUUAUCCUUCCAGGGGUAACAAUCGGGAAAGGAAGCACCAUUGGAGCAGGAUCCAUCGUAACAAAGGACAUACCACCUUAUUCUGUCGCUGUCGGCGCCCCAGCAAAGGUGAUCAAAAAGCUUCCCACAGUCGAGGAGGAAAAGGCGGAUCCUAAGAACCCCUACAGAAACAUGCCUGAUAGAGAAUGA